GGGGGGAGGACGGGGCCACAGGACCGAUUCAGAUAUCACUCGCCUCUGAUGUUACCCACGGCAGGCAAUCGACAUCAGGUAGCCGGGUUCAUAGUUCAGAGCGCGACCGCUCCAACCAACAGCAAUGAUGAUGGUGCAAUUUGCCCGGAACUGCAGUGCAUUUUAGCCAAUGUACCGAUGUUUGCGAUUGCCCGUUGGUUUAGAGUCGAGGUUCGAAUACGCAGCGUGCAAUAUCUUACUCGCGGCAAUGUUGUUAAAUUAUGCAUUUGUGUACGAAGCGAAUGUUUCGACAUUUAAUUCAACAGCCAUCCAUCAACACACACACACCGAGCACACACACACACACAUCGAACACACACACACGGCCAGGCAGGUGGGCCUGCAAAAUAGGGCGGCUUCGUUCAUUCCUUCACUGCUGCGACAGACAAGAUUGUGAGCUCGGGCUGAUGGCACGGCGCCUCCCCUUCAUCUUCCCCUCCCUCGCAUCCCUCGUUCCUGCCUUCCUCCCGGCUCUCUGCAGAAUGAGAGCGCACGUGGUGGAGAGGAGUUGGGGUGCGGGGCGGGGUGGAGGAGGUGGAGGGAGGAUGCUGCCAAUACCCGCUGAGCAUGCGCACGUGGUGGCAGUCUUGUCUCACUCCCUCCCCCCAUCCCUCUAUCGCCCCCCCACCACCACUCCCAUCCAUCCCUCUCAUCCCUCCCCACGCUUCCUCAUCCCUGCCUGAGCGUGUUCCGGUUGGAGGAGCGCUCCGGGCUCCGUGCAGGCACGGGAAGGAGCCCUCCUCGCGCUCUCUGUCGACAUCUCUCUCUCUGCGGAGCAGGCUCCCCACGGAGACGGCGCGCAGGCACGCGGGGACACGGCGAGACGAGGCGGAGACGGGGACGCAGGCGGAGAGAGGCGCGUGUCUUCACACCCACGCGGGCGCUCUGCUCACGCACGUUUCCUCUCAUCCCAAGACGCUUAAACCCGGCAUCUCAAGGAACACACGCUCGCCGUACCCGCUGCUGGGUCGCCCGGCUCCGCCUCUCAUGCCUGGGCCUGGCCGUCGCUCGCCGGACCCCGCGGGCGAUCGGAGCGCGAGUCGCCGAGCGGCCCUCCGCCCUCCCCCGAGCCUCGGCGGUGCCGCGGCGGAGACGGCACGGCGGGCGCGCGCCGCCCGCGGCCCCCGCUCGCACGCGGCCACGGGCAGGGUCUCUCUGAGGUGA